AUGUUUUUGAGAUGCUGCUCUUCAAAUUUACUUUACCCUUUUCCCUAUUCCCUUUUCCCAUUCCGAUUCUACAAGAUCCAACCAUUUCAAAGAGCAAAAUUGACAAAAAGAAAGAGUGGAGGGUUUUGCAGAGGGGAAAAACUAUACAGCGUAAUAAAAAGAAAUGGAAAAGGUAGGAGAGGGGUCCAGCGGUAAGUGAAAUGGCAGGGUGUGAUUGGGCAAAUAAGGCUACGAAGCCCACGACAUAAGUUUUGAUUCUUGAAAGCCGCUCCCUACCCUCUAGCCUCUAGCCUCUACUAAAUCUUCAAUUUGCUUCUGAUUACUCAUAAUCAAGCAAGCACCAUUUAUUAUCCACUCCUACAACCCCCACUCUCUACCAUGUCGCGUGCCCCGCACUAACUCACAGAUGAAAUUGGUAACAAGUAACCACCACGUAAAUGCGCGUGAAGUGUAUCCUACCUGUCAUUUAUAGUAGUACUACUAGUGUAGUAAGUGGCAUUUCUCUCUCCUAUUAAGCACAAAGCAACAGGGAAAGAAACAACUUCUUCUCUCCCUUUUGGGCUUUGGCUCCUCUGGAUCCUACUAUCCUCUUCUCCGCUCACAAGCUCUUGUUUCUCUCUCUCUCUCAAAAUUGAAGUGAAAGAGAAAAUAAUGGUUUGGUUUGAGCCUUGAGGGACCUCGUCUUCUGACACCCAUCUCUGAGUCUGCUUGCUUUUUCCUUCAAUUCUUCACUACUUCCCUUAACCUCCAUUUUAUAGCGGGAAACUCUCCAUUUUUAUCAGUUAUGUGACACAUGAUAGGAUCAUCAUACUCUGCAACUUUUCCAAGGCUUCCUUUUUCUGCUGCUGCAGACAUUACCAUCUCGUUUACAUUCUGGGUUCAUCCAAAACUGCCUUUUUCCCGUACUACUGCAUUACGUGUUCCAGGCUUCCAACUUUGCUCUUAUCGAAAUCACCCACCUUUUUUGCUCUGUUCUUGCUCGGAAGAAAUCUAUUUCCGAAUUUAGGCGAAAGGGAGAAAAGAUAAUAUGGGUUGUGGUGCGUCCAGGCCAGACGAGGAUGACGACGUCGUGUUGCUUUGCAGAGAGAGGAAACGGCUCCUGAAAUCUGCGAUAGAGCGCAGGUACUCGCUUGCAGAUGCCCAUUCCAGAUACAACGACUCGCUCAACGGAGUAGCGGCCGCCAUAAAGUUGUUCGUGGCCCGCCAUUCAUCUCCUCUUUCUCCGUUCCUCAUCACCUUCCCUACCGCUUCUGACACCGACGCCACCCAGCCUUCAAACCCCAUGUUCCUCCAACAGACACCUUCUGAAUCGACCCAUGAGGCAAUUGGAUGUAAAUCACCUGAUUCCGUAAUUUCCUCCGACUCUUCUGAGGGAGACAGUGAAAAUGAAGGUGAAGAAGAAGGAGAAGGCGGCGUGUGUGACCACUUUUACGAAGGAAUGGCUCCGCCAGUGCCGUUGCCACAGGGAGAUUUUGAGUGGGAUUUCUUCUAUCCGUUUGAUACAGUGAGAACAGAGGUGGGUUUGGACAAUGGGUUUAGGCGAACCUCUGUUGAUGAUGAUCUGAGGAGAAUCAGACAGCAAGAAGGCAUCCCAGAACUGGAGGAAGAUGGAGCAAGAGAGAAAGGAGAGAGAAAGGUUGUGGUACAGAUGAAUGGUGGUGGGGUUGAGGGUAUGACAGCAGUUGGUGAACCUAGUCCCAACCAGGAGCACAAGGGUUUAAGGGUGAUUGAUACGGAGGCGAGUGGCAGAGAAUUACUGGAAGCAUUAAAGGAUGUUGAGGAUCAUUUUGUUAGGGUUUAUGAAUCUGGUUUUGAUGUUUCCAGGUUGUUAGAGGUCAAUAGAGUUCAUCUGCUGUCCAGUUUGGAGGAGAUUAAAGAGAGCCCAAAGAAGCUUGUACGAUCAAUCACGUGGAACCGAUCCAAUUUAUCUCGGUCUUCAUCCUCAAAGACUUUCCUUGCACCUGGUUCCAAAAGUUCUUCUACUUGGAGUGAGCUCGGGAAUGAUCUCAUUGAUGACUAUGAAGGAAUGGCAUCCGGCAGCCUUUCACAAACGUUGGAGAAAUUAUAUGCUUGGGAGAAGAAGCUCUAUGAAGAGGUGAAGGCUGGAGAUGAGACGAGGAGAACUUAUGAGCGAAAAUGCUCACAUUUAAAAAAGCAGGAUGACAGUGGAGAUGGACUCCAUUCUGUGGACAAGACCAGUGCUGAAGUAAAUGAUUUAUAUACCAGGAUCUUGGUUGGACUGCAAAGUGCUGAAUCAAUCUCCAAAAGAAUCGAGAAACUCAGAGAUGAAGAAUUGCAGCCCCAACUUGUUGAGCUGCUACAAGGCCUCAUAAGAAUCUGGAAGAUAAUGUUGGAAUCCCAUGAGACCCAAAACAAAAUCAUGUCUGAAGUGAAGUCUUUCACCUGUCCCUCUUAUGGAAAGUUCUGCAAUGAUUCUCACCGUCUUGCCACCUUUCAGCUUGAGACAGAACUUCAGAAUUGGCGUGCAUGCUUCGCUGAAUAUUUUUCUGCACAAAAAGCCUAUAUCGAAGCUCUCAAUGGAUGGCUAUCCAAGUUCAUUGCCCCAGAAGUUGAAUUCUACUCCAGGAUCAAGUCUUCAGGUCCACCAUAUGAAAUCAGGGGUCCACUAUUGCUUGUGAUUUGUCAUCACUGGUUAGCUUCCCUAGAGAAGUUGCCAGAUAAGCUGGUAAAGUGCACCAUGAAAAGCUUUGGCAAGGAUAUAAGGGCUAUAUGGGUUCAGCAAGGAGAGGAGCAACAACAAAAGAGAAAAGUUGAUGGACUUGCAAAGGAGCUGGACAGGAGGGUUCACGCAUUCAAAAGAGCACAGAGCAGGAUUCUUGAGUCUAAGAUACCAGAACAAAAUAAAGAGGCAGAUAUCCGGUAUCGGAUUGAAUACCUGUCGGAGAGAGAGGGCCAGUUGGAUGAUUUCAGGAAAAGGCUGGAUGCAGAGAAGGCUAAGCACCUUGGUAGCAUGCAAGAGACACAGCAAAUAACUCUAAAUGCAUUUCAGAUUGGAUUUUUCUCAGUUUUCGAGUCGCUGACAGAGUUUUCAAAGGCUUCUCUUAAGAUGUAUGAUGACCUGGUAACAUUCUGUGCCAGUUAUCCAAAGGUUGGAGAUGAAAGGAGUGAUAAACCUUGUUACAUAAUGGCAGAUAUGGGAAACUAGAAAGGAUUUGGAAUGAAGAUAAACUUAAUCAGAUGAAAACAGCCAGUUGAGUUGAGACAAGUAUUUAAGGCUGAUAGCUUUUUAUUAUUUUGUUUUUAAUUUUCUUGGAUUUAGCGCGUGCUUACCAUUGUAGCUGAUGAAUUCUAAACCCUGAUUCCUUCAUGUUUCAUACCGUUACCCCAGAUUCUGCUAAGACUAAUAAGUUUAUGUGAACUCAUUUUCCUCUUU